GGGUCGGAGGCGGGGCCCAGGUGGUGUUGAUACACAAAGAGAAGGCGCCCGGGCGGCCGCGGUCCCGCCCACUGACGCGUUCCCGGGGUGCCGCUAUAACCCGCCGCUCGCAGGGCUGCUCCAGAGCCGCGCGACGCCGCCGCCUUAGAACGCCUUCCCAGUACUGCUAGCAGCAGCCCGACCACGCGUUACCGCACGCUCGCGCCUUUCCCUUGACACGGCGGACGCCGGAGGAUUGGGGCGGCAAUUUGUCUUUUCCUUUUUUAUUAAAAUUAUUUUUCCUGCCUGUUGUUGGAUUUGGGGAAAUUUUUUGUUUGUUUUUUAUGAUUUGUAUUUGACUGAGAGAAACCCACUGAAGACGUCUGCGUGAGAACAGAGACCACCGAGGCCGACUCGCGGGCCGCUGCACCCACCGCCAAGGACAAAAGGAGCCCAGCGCUACUAGCUGCACCCGAUUCCUCCCAGUGCUUAGCAUGAAGAAGGCCGAAAUGGGACGAUUCAAUAUUUCCCCGGAUGAAGACAGCAGCAGCUACAGUUCCAACAGCGACUUCAACUACUCCUACCCCACCAAGCAAGCUGCUCUGAAAAGCCAUUAUGCAGAUGUAGAUCCUGAAAACCAGAACUUUUUACUUGAAUCGAAUUUGGGGAAGAAGAAGUAUGAAACAGAAUUUCAUCCAGGUACUACUUCCUUUGGAAUGUCAGUAUUUAAUCUGAGCAAUGCGAUUGUGGGCAGUGGAAUCCUUGGGCUUUCUUAUGCCAUGGCUAAUACUGGAAUUGCUCUUUUUAUAAUUCUCUUGACAUUUGUGUCAAUAUUUUCCCUGUAUUCUGUUCAUCUCCUUUUGAAGACUGCCAAUGAAGGAGGGUCUUUAUUAUAUGAACAAUUGGGAUAUAAGGCAUUUGGAUUAGUUGGAAAGCUUGCAGCAUCUGGAUCAAUUACAAUGCAGAACAUUGGAGCUAUGUCAAGCUACCUCUUCAUAGUGAAAUAUGAGUUGCCUUUGGUGAUCCAGGCAUUAACGAACAUUGAAGAUAAAACUGGAUUGUGGUAUCUGAACGGGAACUAUUUGGUUCUGUUGGUGUCAUUGGUGGUCAUUCUUCCUUUGUCGCUGUUUAGAAAUUUAGGAUAUUUGGGAUAUACCAGUGGCCUUUCCUUGUUGUGUAUGGUGUUCUUUCUGAUUGUGGUCAUUUGCAAGAAAUUUCAGGUUCCGUGUCCUGUGGAAGCUGCUUUGAUAAUUAACGAAACAAUAAACACCACCUUAACACAGCCAACAGCUCUUGUACCUGCUUUGUCACAUAACGUGACUGAAAAUGACUCUUGCAGACCUCACUAUUUUAUUUUCAACUCACAGACUGUCUAUGCUGUGCCAAUUCUGAUCUUUUCAUUUGUCUGUCAUCCUGCUGUUCUUCCCAUCUAUGAAGAACUGAAAGACCGCAGCCGUAGAAGAAUGAUGAAUGUGUCCAAGAUUUCAUUUUUUGCUAUGUUUCUCAUGUAUCUGCUUGCCGCCCUCUUUGGAUACCUAACAUUUUACGAACAUGUUGAGUCAGAAUUGCUUCAUACCUACUCUUCUAUCUUGGGAACUGAUAUUCUUCUUCUCAUUGUCCGUCUGGCUGUGUUAAUGGCUGUGACCCUGACAGUACCAGUAGUUAUUUUCCCAAUCCGGAGUUCUGUAACUCACUUGUUGUGUGCGUCAAAAGAUUUCAGUUGGUGGCGUCAUAGUCUCAUUACAGUGUCUAUCUUGGCAUUUACCAAUUUACUUGUCAUCUUUGUCCCAACUAUUAGGGAUAUCUUUGGUUUUAUUGGUGCAUCUGCAGCUUCUAUGUUGAUUUUUAUUCUUCCUUCUGCCUUCUAUAUCAAGUUGGUGAAGAAAGAACCUAUGAAAUCUGUACAAAAGAUUGGGGCUUUGUUCUUCCUGUUAAGUGGUGUACUGGUGAUGACCGGAAGCAUGGCCUUGAUUGUUUUGGAUUGGGUACACAAUGCACCUGGAGGUGGCCAUUAAUUGGCACCACUCAAACUCAAACUCAGUCCAUCUGAUGCCAGUGUUGAGUGAACUCAACUACUAUGAAAUUUCACCUAAUGUUUUCAGUUUCACUUCCUUUUGAAGUGCAGAUUCCUCGCUGGUUCUUCUGAGUGCAGAAUAAGUGAACUUUUUUGUUUUGUUUUGUUUUUUUAAGAAACUUAUCUGUAUGUUAGAAAUGGAUAUGAACAACAAAACCACGAGUCUCGGGUUAAGGGAAGUGACAAUUUUAUUCCAUUCCAGAGAAUGGACAAACUCUUAACUUUUAUCAAGCCACAUGCUUGGCUGUGUCAUUGUUUAACUUGGAUAUUUUAUGAUUUUACUUGAAUGUGCCUAAUGGAACCAUUUGAUGUGAGAAACAAUUCUUUUUAAUUUACAGCAAAAUAUUGAAUAACCAUUGACAAAAACACUAUUAUUUUUUGUACCAAAAAUACUUAAAGACCUCAGAAGCACUCUUUUACUUUUAAGAAAUUGCUUUUUUGAACUUUAUUCAGAAGCAGUUAUCAAUAAAUUCCGUAAAAUAAUGUCAUUGGUAUUUAAAAAUGAAUAUUAAUAUAAUGAAAUGAUUUGCCUUUUUGUAGGCAUAAUAAGCCAAAUACUUUUUUACCCAAAAUAAUUUUUAGAGAAAAUGAUGUAAUGAAAAAUUGUACCAUGAAUUAGGAGCAUAGUUUUUUCCAUUUAAACGUCACCAUUACUUAAAAGAUGAUUGAUUAUUGCUAUACCAAAUCAGAUGAACUCUGUUCAUCACUUUUCUUCUCUGUCCCCAAACAAUUUGGUUCAUUCAGACUGAAAUGUUUGUGUCUUCAACUUAUUAGAAUGGAAGAUAAUGCAGAUAUUUCUGUGGGAAAUAAAAUAACUAAUUUUGAGGUACCAAAUAGUGCAAUUGGGUAAAACAGGGUUUAUUCAGUUGCAUCUGUCUCCAGUGUUGUAUUGACAGCUCUGGGUCUUUUUUUGGGCCAGCCCUUUUUUGACAUUGCUUCCAGCAGUGGAAAAUGGGCAUUUGAUGGCAAUAGGCCAAAAUUAUUGUGUCCAGAGAGUACACUUUUUCAAAAUGCUCACCUACUGGAAGUGUGAAUUACUUGACAAUGUAUGGCUUAGUUGUGUUCAUGUUUUGUCUACAGUAGAGGUCUAAUCCACAGGUUACACCUAUGUUUGAUAUGAUAUAAGUUCUCUUUGCGUAGGCCACUGGGUUUCUCAUGCAGUAAGCUUUAUAAAAACUCAUUUGCACUGGACUGUCAUCUCAUUCUUGUACAACGUAGAAUUACUUGUUUACAUCCAACAAAUGGUUAGCUAGGGAAAACAGUGCAAACUGAGUGUUAGUAGUCAUUUUGGUCCAACUGCAUGUCAACCCUUCCAUUUCAAUCCCAGUUAGAAGUGAAAAUAAUUACUUUGAAACUUGGCUUUAAGAGCACAUUUAUCGUACGUCACAGUGUAUGGUGAAUAUAUUAUUAAAUAAUGUGGUACUUCGCUCAUCAGGCAUAAUGUCUAAAAUCUAAUAUACAUAAUUCCAUUAAGUGGUUGAGGGAAGCAAAUAAUGGAAUUGUCAAUUGGUCAUCUGGCUGUAAGGUUUGCCCUUGAACUAAAAAUGUUGUUUGGGGCAAGGGCCAGAAAUGUGGAGACAUGGUUUUUGUUACGCAUUCUUGUAUUAUAUGUGACUAAAUUUACAAACAAGAUACAUGUGUAAUUAAAGACCCUUAUGGAACUGGAAGACGUCUUGUAGUGCUACAUUGGGUGAAACCGUUGGUCCAUUUUUGUCUGUUUCUAUGAAGAUAAAAUAAUUGGGGGCCAUCUAGAAAUAGAAAGGCAGUGGGAAGACAGAUUCUACGGCACUGCUUUCAUUUAAUUGGGCUUUAGGCACUCCAUUUGAAUGCAGAACCUCACCUCUAGUUGAGACCAAGAAUUGGCAAAUUUGCAUGAGCUCCUGGAAAGAGUUGCUGACUUUGUAUCUAAGACCUGCCAGGGAAUACCAAGAGUUGUUUCUACAGACUUUUUUUUUUUUUUUUUUUUUUUGUAUGGGAGAAGAUACUGUGGCAACCAGGAAGGAAUGGAAAAAGAAUUCUUUUCUCUACAGCAAAUUAAUGUGAGGAAGCUCCUCCAAUCCUCUGGCUAUUUGAGGUUCAAAAUCAAGUGCCUAGGGAAAAUUCCAAUGGAUGAUUUUCUGGGAGCUAUCUUGUCUACCUUGAGGUUCCUGAACAAUGAAUUCCCAUUAAUGAGCAGUCUUCAGUAUUAAAACCACUGUCUUGUCACCUCAUUUUGCAUUACUGUCUUCCGUGGAUGUUUCAGUUAUAACUGUAAUGUUAUUUAUAGAACAACAUUAAUCCAUUAAAGCUAACCUAUUUUUCAAUAUUUAUGAUAAUCUAUGUACAUAUAUUGUCUGUCCAUAUGUAUUUGUAAAUAGGUUGUAUAUAAUGUCAGGUUUGGGUCUUGGGUUCAAGUGUAUAUAUUCAUAUAUUCCUGUAAGUUUCUUAACUGCAUUUUGAUGAAUUCACAUUAUGUAACUAUAAGAAUUGUCCCAAAAGUACCUGUACAGAAAAUUGAAUAUUGAAAAAUUGACAAAUUGUGUACAAACACUAAAAAAAACUUGUUUAAAUUGUAUUUGCAAUAAACAACAUCAAAUUUUUUCAUGAAAUCUUGGUACAAAUUCAGAUCUCUUAUUUAAAAUUUAAAUAAGGAAUACAUUUUCAAAAUGCAGUAAUCAAAAUGUGAUCUAGUGUAAUGAAAUAAAAUGUGAUCUAGUGUAAUGGAAGACCUUUGAGAACCUGCGUGUAUUAACUUUGUGUAUAUAGUGUAAAUAUCCCCACUGUACUGUUAGAGGCCAACAAUUCUAGUAUGGCUUGUUGGCAAAGAGUGCUACACCGUUUCAAUGAAACAAUGUAUGUUUGUUUUAACUGAACUAAAAUAAAUACAUGCUUAAUCCUGA